AUGCAGCGGCAGACGGAGUUGCACUCGAAGCCGCCGGGGCAGACGCCCGUGGAGCCGCAGCAGACACCAUCGGUUUGGAUUUUGCAGUAUGGAGAGCCGGGACAGCACUGUGAUAGGGAAGGGCAGCAUCCGGUGUCUUGUAGGGGAGAGGUGUCAGCUUCGGAUCUCAAACUCCUACGCCUGUAUGCCGCGCCAACAUCAUCCACGAGGGUUAUCAGGGCUGAUAGACUCACCAGAGCACGGUACGUAUCCUGCGUCCACACAAGUGCGCUUGGAGAGGAAUCCAGUAUUGGACCAUUCGGAAACCAGCUCACGUCCAUUGAGGGCAUAGAGCCAGCGGGAGACGAGUACUUGAUAGGCGGUGUUCCCUCGAUCUCACCUGGAACAAGAGGGUACUCGCGCGACACAACGGAAUCGUCGCAUCUUGCAACUUGCAGGAGCAAGAAGGCUACAGCACUCAGAAAAGAGAGGCGCAGCCUUUGCUGUUUAGAUUGA